AGGAUUAUCCAUGACGCGGUCCCCACUUGUUAGCUCGUCCACUGUCUCAGUCCGACUCUAAUCACAGGAGGCAUUAAUCCUAUAGAAGCUGAGGGAAGGAUGUGAUGCCUUACGCAGCCCCGCUCACCCAGGAAUCUGCAAUGGAAAACGUCAGCCUGAAGGAAAAUGUGGAACACCUUCCCGUCCAGAUAUUUCCGGAUCCCUUGGAAAGUGCCGACGAGUGUUAUCGGAGGAUCAAAGGUCGCCUGCCCUCGAUUACAGUGGAGCUGACUGACGCGGGCGAGGUGGAGAGUGGCGAGUUACGUUGGCCUCCUCCUGAGGAGCCCAGCCCCCGUGCUGACGCGGAGGAUGUCUUUGAAGCCAGCGCCGAGCCAGACGCUCCCGGAGAAAUCCAGCCAGGGCCCAGUGAAGCUGCACCAGCCGGUGAGGAUCUCUGCCAUUUCCAACUGCGGAGGUUGCACCUCUCUCUCUUUGCCGUCUUUUACCAGUCCGGUGUUGGGUGGGCGCCAACGCAAACAUUCAUGGGGCAUCACUCCAUGGUGACGUCACCAGAAUCACCAAACUGGGAAUGUUCCGUUUCAAUCAGAAUAGGGUGGCACGGUGGCUCAGAGGUUAGCACUGCUCCCUCACGUUCACCAUGGAAAGCAUCCUAUCUGGAUGCAUCACGUAUGACUAUGGAAAACACAAGAAACUGCAGAGAGACGUAA